UGGUGUGCCCAGUGGGAAGGGAUUCAUGACCUUUGAACAGAGCGUCGAUACUCCAUGCCUUACUGUCUCCCUGACCUAAUCAGCGGCCAAAGUCCUCUCUCUGCCUCUCACACAGACACAGUCAAUACUCUCAGAGUCUGUUUAAACGUGGACAUCUUCCUCUCAGACUAAGCUGCGCAGUGACUUCCUGUGUCUACCUGGCCACCAUGCUUUCCCUAUCAUUCCUCCUGCUCUCUAUCUGCCUCUCCUCGGGGAUGUCUGCUUCCCUGGUCGUGAAGUCAACCCGUGAAGAGGGCGCCCCUCCUGCUGUUAAGACCACGUUCAGGGUUGACACCUCUGCUCCAGAUGUUCCGGGUGUUGAUGAUACUCCUGCAGCUGAGGCAGUGGCAGAAGCCCUGGUGGCAGAUGAGCCUGUUGCAGAUACCGCUGUACCUGAUGAGGUUGUAUUCGAGGAGCUGGUUGAGGACAUCCCAGUUGCAGACGCCCCUACCAUGGCAGAAGAAAAUGAGGCCCUGGUAACGGAAGCAAUGAUUAAAGAGUUGUCUGCCCAGUUCGAGGACGAAGACCUCGCUGAAGAGACAGAGAUUCAAGACGCCAUCUUGAAAGGGUUGGCUGACCAGGAGGCCAUUGAGAAGGCAGUGGAGGAGCCCGUUGAAGAAGAGGCGGCAGAAGCUCCAGCGGAGGAUCCAGCCAGCUCUGUGAUACCUGCCUUCAAAGCCCAGGAAGAGGACUCUGGAUGGGGUUUGGCUUCCAUCAGGGAGAGCCUCCAGGCAGCCAACGGAUACUUUGACUCCCUGGUGGAAAUGAUGGGGGGGCCCAACGGAGUGUGUCAAUACAAGUGCAAAUACGGUAAAACACCAGUGCAUCGCUACGGUUACGUGACCCCAGAGCCCAACGGUUGCAGCUCCAACCUCCUAGGAUUCCAGGUACCUGAUAGUUUUGACAUUGGUAUCCCAGCCAUGACCCAGUGCUGUAACCAGCUGGACAGUUGUUACGACACCUGUGGCUCCAACAAGUACCGCUGUGACUCCAAGUACCGCUGGUGUCUCCACGCCAUCUGCUCUGACCUGAAGAAGAGCUUGGGGUUCGUGUCAAAGGUCAAAGCCUGUGAGACUGUAGCAGAUGGUCUGUACAACACAGUGUGGACGCUGGGCUGCAGAUCCUUCAUGAACAGCCAGAGGGGAGCGUGUUACUGUGAGGGAGAGGAGAGGGACGAGCUGUAGAGGACCCGGCUGGGAGACGACACAACACUACUCAACACAAGAGAAAGCUGGGAGGAGAGGGACAAGCUGUAGAGGACCCGGCUGGGAGACGACACAACACUACUCAACACAAGAGAAAGCUGGGAGGAGAGCGACAAGCUGUAGAGGACCCGGCUGGGAGACGACACAACACUACUCAACACAAGAGAAAGCUGGGAGGAGAGCGACAAGCUGUAGAGGACAUGCAAGUACACAGGACAAUAUCCUCUCGCAAGAAUCAUCAAUGGAAAGGGUGCUUGGAACUCAAUAUGGAUUCAUACAGUGGGACUUCACACAUCACAAAUGAGAAUAUGACUUUAUUAUGAACAUAGAAAAUAUAACACUUUUCCUUGACAACAUGAAAACAGACAAACAGAGGCUUAACGCUUGAUGAGGAAAGCCCUAACAAGACUUUAACAAUGAGUUAAUAGUGGUUAUUAUGUAGAAUAAAAUACUAACAGUAUGUAGUAUCCAUGUCACACUGACACUAACUUUUACCCAUUUAUUUUUCUGAAACUGACAACGGAUAAAUACUGUCAUGCUCACAGAUAUAUUUCAAAUAUAUUUCCAGGAAAAGA